UGUCAACAACAAACAAGUCGACCCAAGUAAAAUCAAAUAAAUUUCUUACAUUUACAAGUAUUAGAAUGGUCCUGCUGACCAUACUAAAAAAAUUGAAACAAAAGGAGAAGGAAAUGCGACUCCUAAUGCUUGGUCUCGACAAUGCAGGCAAAACGACGAUAUUAAAAAAAUUCAAUGGUGAAGACGUCCACACUAUUUCACCAACUCUAGGCUUCAACAUAAAGACACUGGAGCACCAGAAUUACCAGCUUAAUAUAUGGGAUGUUGGUGGGCAAAAGUCUUUACGGUCCUAUUGGCGAAACUACUUUGAAAGUACAGAUGGUCUUGUUUGGGUGGUAGAUAGUAUUGAUAGAAGGAGGAUGGAAGACUGUACCAAAGAACUACAUUCUUUACUUCAAGAAGAAAGAUUAGCAGGUGCCACGUUACUUGUUUUUGCCAACAAGCAGGAUCUGCCUGGAGCAAUGACAGCUGAUGAAAUCAAGGAGGCAUUAGAUCUCGAAAGCAUUGAGACUCAUCACUGGCGUAUCGUCGGCUGCAGCGCCAUGAACGGCGACAAUCUCUUGGCCGGAAUCGAUUGGCUGGUUGAAGACAUUGGUGCAAGAAUAUUUACAUUAGAGUAAUGUGUAUUCUCUCUCUCUCUCUCUCUAAAAGUCAGUACGGGUUUUGCGGAAGGGGUGGAAGGACAAGAAGUUGUUAAGGUCGUCUUCAUUUAUAAUGUACAAUCGAUGAAUACAAGAGAGACCAUGAAA